GUCUCCACCGGCAUUCACACAUUCUGGCAAGCAAGCUGCUGCAGAAGGUUUGUUAAUCGCCUUUGCACCUCUUUAGUCAUAAUCCUUGUACUAAUAGCUUGUUGUCAGCGGUAUGACAUUUGAUCCUGGAUAUCCACGUGGUUGUCUGAGUCAUUUUUCGACGGCUUUUCGCGCGUAUGCUCCUAUCACCACAACUCCCGCAUACAGUGGCGCGACCGUCACCCCGGUGUACGAAUACACGUCUUGGUCACCCCCUAGCGGCGGGUCUCAAGUACCGUCUAUCAUAUCGAGUAUCACAACACUCACGGCUGGUCUAGCAAUUGCAGAUCCUGUCGUAGUCGCCUGGCAGAUAGACGACUUCAGGUUAUUUCCGAGCGACUAUGCAACAUCCCUAGCGAAACGAAUAAACAUAACUCUGCCCACGAGUACGUCAACGACUAACCUUUCUGAACCCACCAGUACGCCUCAAUCCAACAGCCUUAGUACCGGGGCAAAAGCAGGUAUAGGCGUAGGUGCUGUUCUUGGAGCAGCAAUCAUCGGAGUCGUUAUGACAAUACUUUAUCUGCGAAAACGACGAAAAGCUGCUGCAACGGUCCAAGAUCCAAGUGUACCCGAGAUGGAAGACCAGGAUCGGAAUUUCAGGGAGCACAAAUGGUUUUUUGGAGGGAGAUGGAGGAGCGAAGUGGAGACUGAAGCUGCGCAGAACGCGCUUGACUCAAAGGCUGUGCAUGUUGUGCCAGGACCACCGGCUGAACUCGAAGCAUCGGAGCCGCCAGUUCAUAUCGAUACUGGAGACGUUGGAGAAAGCCGGACUGAGGGUACAGGACACUAUGUGUAGUAGAGAGCAGCCUUUAAGUUUAGGCUAGCAACGUCCGUGACUUCGUGUAUACAAAAUGUUGUAGGAUGGAGGGCGUGACGUAUUUAAUCUAUUUUAUUGGUUUCUUUAGUAGUUAUCGCUGCUAUCUCGA